AUGCAGGUAUUUCGUCUACGGCAUCCCAAUGACGCUAUCGGAGGACCUGAGGUGAUGGCAGCAUGUGCGCAAGCAGCCGCUCUUCUAGACGCCUACCGCAGUCUGCGUUCGGCCCAUUUAGACUACCACAUGCAACACGACCCACAUGCCGGCAUGUCAGAGGACAGCGCCGCCUGGAUGGCCGGGCGCUUCAACCUCAUGUUGCAGGAAGACCAGGCAGUUGCAAACGACAAAAAUGUCCGGAAGGGGCUGAAGUGGUGUAUUGACUCAACCUUAGUUGUUCAGCAGAUCCUGUCUCAACGGGCACUCACGGAUCUGAACGAAACCUUAGUUGUUCAGCAGAUCCUGUCUCAACGGGCACUUACGGAUCUGAACGAAAGCCCUGCAUCUCCCGGCAAUGCAUUCAACAACUUACUGGAUGCCUCGCGCACUGCCGGCGCUUCUCACACACGCCGAAUCGCACAGUACCUCCUGUCGAGAUGCCGCGAUGAGUCGAAGGAAACAACAGCUCAGAUUCAUGCCUGGGCAGCACUCAGCGUUGGGAUUGCGGAAACCUUUUUCAGAGGCCAAUUGACCUGCGCAAUCAACGCCCAGGAAAGCUCGGAGAUUGAUAUCAGUCUUGUUAAAGCUGCCUUGUCAUUAGGUUGGGGGAAAAUGGGAAUAGAAGAUGUUCUAGAGCCCCAUGCACUCCUCGUACAGGUCGUGAGAAGCAUUGAAAAGAGCAGGCUGCUAACAGACUCUGACAAGAAACGGAUCCAGAAAAACUGCUCUAGGAUUGGCAAGGCGCAAAUGCAACCAUUUUGGCCAUUUUAUAAGGAACCACAACACUUGGAUGAGGCCCUUCUCUCCAUGUAUUCAGUUCCUUCAAGGGAUGACGGUGAACGAGGCCAAGGCGAAGGGGGCGGUGGCAACCCGGAACCCACUCCGGAACCACAGGAGCAAUAUGGCAGCAAUAUGCCCCCAGAAACUCCUGCGGGUACUUCUGAGGAAGGCGCAGAACCAAGCGGAGAGCAACCUUAUCCACGCGGGCAGCCACCUCCACCCCCUCCCCCAGUGCAUCGAGAAAAGCCGCCUCUACAGGCCGUGGAGGAGUCGCGCCCGCAUCAAUCAGUAACAGUACCAGUACCGCUAAGUGAGCACGGGGAGGAAACAUCUCCGGAUGAGACUGAGGAAGCGCCGAUCCCUACACAAGAGAAACAAGAACAUCCCGGCGGAAGCGAAGGAGAGCCUCCAGUGCCGCCACCUCAUGUAAAGGAUCAACCAACUGCAGAAGGCAGCAGUCAGGAGGUCAUGGAAAACGAGGCUCACUCAGGCACUAUGCCCAUUGUUCCAGUGGUCCCUCCCAGACAGGCAGGGCGCCAACCAUCCGAGAACGAUCUUCAUAAAGGCGAACCUCCCAUGCCACCUCCGACGCAACCUAAAGAGCCCAUUGCAGAUCGAGGUGGAAAGCCAGUAGAACACUAUGGAGGGCAUCCUUCCCCAGUUCCGAUCCCCCGAGAGCACACCAACGAAGAUACACGCGGCAGUCAAGAGCAGCAAAGGAAACUGCCUACACGCAUCCGGCUUGGCUCCGCAAGCGGUCGCUUGGAGGGAAAUGGCCCAAAAGAGAACAUACCGAAACUCAAGCGCUCUCCCUCCGAUAACUUCAAUCCCCACAGAAUCGCGACGCCCAGACAAAGUGGGUCGAGACUGUACAAUCAUAGACUACUUGUAGAUACAGGUUCUGGAGCAGCCCCCGGAGGGAAACUCCUCAGCAUCCGUGUAUCUAUUUGUCCUUCUCCAAUUGGGUCAACUCUGUAA